CGUUGAGAUGCCAUAUCCGCACUUCCAUGGCCUGUAAACUAGGGUAGCUAUCUACUGCCCGUGUAUAAUACCAGGGGCCCGGGAUGAGGUGCAGAGAUCGACAACCACUAGUACUGCCAUUCCCACAGAUUCCAAGGUUCCUAUACUGCCAUUACUCAAGACUGGUGCUUCUACUGCCCGUGGAGCGACUUCAACACCUAAAACCGCGCUCCAACAUCCGAGUCCCUACCAAAGGCGCAACUUGAUAUCAGUCACCCGAGACACCAACUGAACACCAACAACUCCACGAAUCCUCAUCUCACCGCUGUCCACGCCCACCCCCUCCGUUCUCUUUUCCGCACAUCUGCAAGGCUACUCCUGUACAUAGUCUCGCACCUCCGUUCACCCCCUCUUUCGACCUUCGCAAAUCCAGUCUACGGCCGGACUCAAUUGCCAACGGGAUUGCGCCGUUUCCGCCGCAUUGCUCGCCAUUGCUGCGUGGUGGCCCACAGGUGGACGAGGGCCAGCAGCCUCAGGUAUCAUUAAUAGCAUUUGUCCGCGGGAGAGAGAGGGGAACAAUACGAGACCAUCGACAGCCCAUUGCUGCAUCCUGCGCGGUCUUAGAUUUCCCCGGCUCAGCUCGCUCGGUCCAUCACAUGCUUGAGCAGCAAGCACCAGCUAGAUAAAAGAUCGAGUCACUCGAGUCUCACCCACACCGCUUCCAACAUCCCAUAAGCCUGCGACGACGUGUGAGCGCUGCAGUUUUACCAAAGCCCAAGAAGGAUCGACUCCUGCAUCCUGUCAUCAUCGGUAUCCAGCUUGAGCUGAUCGACUACUGGGCUGGCAAUUUUCUUGCUGCCAGGAAGUGUCGGAUCUGCGGUGCCGGGCACGAACCCCUGCAGCUCUGCCGCUUUGGCUGACACGCCCGCCUGAAAGUGAACACCGAGAGCCUUAGGAGCCUUACGCCCAGCAAUUAAAUCCCCACCGAUCUGAGCCCGCAACUUGGACUUGGCCCUGGAAGUGCUUCACUGGAAGCCCUGCACUGGAGCUGGCAGUGAACAGCAGCUCUUCAAGUUUCCUUACGUACAACUCGACUGCCCAUUCUUCUUCCGACCUUCACAGCUGAACUCCUCUUUCUACCCGUGAAGCAACUCAAACAAAGGCCUCAAUGAGCGUGUUGACGGUGACUGGGACCAGCAUCCCAGAUCCCACGCUGCCCAGCACCUAUACCUCUCCUCGCGCCCCGACCUCCUCCCUGCCUCGACACCCCGCGCAGCCAACGUCUUCGGUCACUUUCAGCCGACAACCAAGACAACCAUUUCCGAAUUCUACACUUCCUCAGAUAUCGCCGGCAAGGCCGGUUAGCAACCAUCAGCACUCACGGACCGCCUCCUCUGGCACCAUUAAUCCACCUGCACCCUUGCGAACCUCACCCUCGAAUAUUCCUGCCCCAGCCCAGCCUUAUCCCAGACACUCGCGGGCUCCGUCGUCUUCACAUUCCCGCCACUCGUCAAGUUCAAGCAACAUGAACAUGCAUCGACAAGGAACAUCCGCCUCCACCGCCAGCAUUCCCCGUCGUUCUACCUCAGGUCGAUCGACCUCCACAAAUAGUCCCACCUCUUAUGUCGCCUUGAUGCGGAAACAAAAAGCGACAGUCUGGUGUGAUCGAUCUCAAAAUAUCGACCCGCGCUUGGCGGCGGCCCAGAGAGCUGCCAAACAGCGGGCGGCACUUGAAGUCCAGGGCCACACAUCUACAGCACGCACAAGCACGAUCAGUUCUGGUGGAGUGGUGGGCAAAAUCAGACAUGGAGGAGUUCCGAAAGCCCCGGGAUAUGUUCCUGCCAACCUUAAUGGCACCACUGUACCAUUACGGCUAAGUGCGAACGAAAUGCUAGGCGAUGAGGACGAACGCCAAAGCCUAGGUGAUAACAGUAUGAUACACGCUCGAACGGGAAGCGGCCGAAGUAGCACAAACAGUGCAAAGUACCGCAGCGGAUAUCCCAGACAAGAUCAAGGGCGGUUCAGCACCACCAGCACGCCACCCAACGGUGAAGGGUCUCCUGGGCAGGGUAUUCCGGAAGAUAAAGAAACAGGUCCAAGUCACAAGAAUGACCGAUCAGAUAGUCAUUCCAGCGAGGAUUCUUUUGGCGAAUUCAAAGACAUGUCCGCGCCCAGCUCGGUGCAACAGGCCAUGAUGCAAGCAAAGCAGGCAGACGAUUUACGACGGCGGGGAAGCGUGGAUGAACGAACAAUGAGUAUGGGCCAGCCGGGAGUCCGGUUAUUCGUUGCCAAUCCGGAUGUGGAAGAGUCAUGAUCACCGCCGCAACGGUUCCGGAAGAUGGAACUGCUCUGCUGCUACUAUUACUACUACUAAUGCAAUGUACGAUGGUGACAAGUUAUUCAUGGGGACGAGGCGUACGGGGUUGAGGCGAUCUUUUUUGGGGGGUUUGGAGUUCCAUCCGACCCGGAUUUCAAGGUGAAAUAAUGCGCAGGACGCAAAGGGAGGCACAAUUGCACGGCAAUCUUGUGUAUGCGAGGGAAGGGAGAAUUAAUUCCUUUUCCCUCAAUCUCGGCCAGACCAGUAUCAAGCCUUCUGGCAAGGACCGCAACGGAGGAACUGGCGCCGGCGUGUCAGCACUAUUAACGUCGGCAUUGGCCGAUCGUGGCCGUCUCUCUUGAAGAUGUUUUAGCUGUUUGGGAGGUUUUGUCCAAUGCACGAUGGGACGUGCAGUGCCUGAGAUGGCAGUUUCGCUCAUGCCACAUUUGGCCGACGGAUGACAUGCUAUUCAAAUCCUGGCAAAGGGCCAAGAUUCACAGCAGAUUCUUGCAGCCUCUUGGGCUACCAGAUCAAUGGUGGUACUACUGUACCUGCCUCCCAUAGGUACUUCAUAGCUGUGAUAGUGUGUCAUCGCAUCACCAUUGCCAUCAG